AUGGUUGCAAUUCAGACUGUUUCAUGCAUUCAUGAUAUCCCUAUCAUCCGUUCAUCAACUGAAGCAAUACAAGACGUCUAUACAAAAGCUAAAGAAAAAAGUGCAUUUAUUCGACUUCCAUGUAAUCUAGCUGAAACAGUUGCUGAUAAAUCAAUUAAAAUAGCUACUGUGGUGGCAACACCAUUUAGUGGACCAGCAAAGGUUUUCGAUGAUUAUGCUGCACAAAAAAUUAAGCAAAUUGAGGCAAAAUAUCCAGUUAUCAAUACGCCAACAAAACAGGUUGUUGAGUCACUCAAUGUAAAAACUGAACCGGUUCGACAAGUAAUGAAUGCUGUAAAAGAUACAACAACAUCGACAUUUCAACUAGGGAAAGAGAGAGUGUCGAACGUAGCAAGUGUUACGGUUAAUAAAGCGACCGAUAUGGCUGAUACAGUUUUUACUUUCUGUGAAACGCAUAUACCUGGAAAACCCGUCUUUCAACAUCCUGUUCGACGAAAAGAUUUUGGUCAACGUUUAAAUUUAUUAGUUCAACGUGUACGAGAUGUCGUAAUGAUUAUUAUUCAAUUUUUAUUAAAUUCAUUUCGUUUAUCGAUUCAUCAAUCAACGGCAUGGCUUCGUCUACUUAUUGUAUUUAUUUUAUUAAAAUUAAAAAAUUCAAAUGAAAGUAUUCUAACAAAAUGUCAACAAACAACUUCAAAUGAAAUUAAUAAUGAAAUGGGAACAAAUAAUAAUCAAAAUAAAUUAUCAAAAUUAAAAACUGGAAAAAUGUCAACAUCAUUAUUCAGAAAAAUGACAAAGCCAUUAUCCGUUUUUACUAUGACAAUUGUAAAACAUUUACUUGUAUUUGUUAAUAUUUUAAUAACAAAAUUGGUUAGUCGUAUAACACCAAAUAAUAAAAUAAUGGCUGAAUUAAAAAAAAUGCCACGUCCUAAUCCUGCAUCAUCCUCAUUAAUAACGGCACGCACGAUUGUUUCAACAUCAACUGUCACAAAAACAGCGCCGACAACGCGACGUAAAUAUGCUGAACAGCGACCGAUUUUAAGUGGAAAUCAACUAGAUUUAAACCGUCAAAAUAUGUCGAAUCUACGCAAACAAAUUUUAGCGAAAACAUUACCGCCCAUUGGGCCACGUAUGGCUAAUACUACUAGUGGUGCUAACCGUCUAUUAUUAAAUAACAACAAGAAAUCGUCACGUGUCUAUACUCCAAUUGAUUGGCAUAAUUAUUUUGAUGAAAAAAAAUUGAUUGAAAUUGAUGAAAAUGUUUUUUGUGUGUAUUUUCGUGAAAAACAUGAAGAACAAUCAGAAGAACAACAAAUCAAUGAUGACAUCAAUGAAGAAUGUCCAAUAUUUGUUUUUCUACAUGGUAAAUAUUUCACAGUUAGAAAUUUUUUUUUAAUCGGUUUAUCAUGGGCACCCUUAUCUGCUCUUAUAACUGGAUUAGUACGAUGUCGUUGUUGUGCAAUUGAUAUUCGUGGACAUGGCGAAACUAGAACAAGUAACGAUCAAGAAUUACAAAUUGAAACAUUGACAAAUGAUAUAUGUAAAGUAAUUAAGAAAUUAUUUGGAAAAGAAGACGAUUCCAUUGACGAAGAAAUACAGUCACAUGUACCAAUAUUCUUAGUUGGUCAUUCAAUGGGUGGUGCAUUAGCUGUCCACGUUGCUAAGAAAUGUCCGUCAAUGAUAUCUGCUUUAUGUGUGAUUGAUGUAGUUGAAGGAAGUGCAUUAGAAGCUCUAAGCUCAAUGCAAUGCUUUUUAAGUUCAAGACCAAAACAAUUUAAUACAAUAGAGCAAGCCAUACAAUAUAUGGUGCGAAGUGGACAGGUUCGAAAUGUUGAAUCAGCACGUGUAUCUGUUGUUGGACAAAUACAACAAGUAAAAGACAUUCAACAGUUAGAUAAUAAUGAUAACAUUACAGAUACCCAAAAUGUACAACAAUCACCGCCUAGUCAUUUGUGCUCGACAGUUGCUGAAGAAGAUGAAGAAGAUGAAGAAGAAGACGAAGGAGAUAAUCAAAAAAAAUCAGAAGUAAUUAAACAUAGUGAAAGUGUUCCAGUUCAAUCGACGUCGACAUCAUCACCAUUGUAUACGUGGCGAAUUGAUUUAUCAAAAACGGAGAAAUUUUGGGAAGGAUGGUUUAAAGGUUUAUCAAAUUUAUUUUUAUCGUGCAAUUGUCCAAAAUUAUUAUUAUUAGCCGGUAUCGAUCGUUUAGAUCGUGAUUUGACUGUGGGACAAAUGCAAGGAAAAUUUCAAAUGAAACUUGUUCAACAAAGUGGUCAUGCCGUACAUGAAGACGCUCCAGAUAAAGUUGCACAUGCUUUAGCGUCCUUUCUUGUGCGAAAUAAACUUGUUCAACCAUUAAAUGAAUUUCAUACGGAGCCACCAAGUUGUUAA